UCAAGCAGGAAGUGGACCAUAUUCAGAAAACGGUCUGUUGUUUUAGGGUUAGCGAGCGUCUCACCUGGUCCUCGGUAAGCCCUUUGGUUUCCUGACGAUGGUAGCGUUCAGUAACGUAUUCUUCUGGGUGCGGUAACUUAUAUUGCGGCUUGGUAGUCAGUAGGCCUAAUGAAGCUUGUACCGGAGCUGAACAUGAGGACUACCCGCCGUUCCCACCGUUACAGUCUAUACAACAUUUGCGUACUGUCCUUUUUCUUUUUUUUGUUGUGUUCUACGUUUAACCGAGCAGGCGGGGAUAUGACCGCAAUUCAUACCAGUCCCUCUGCUUCGUCACAAUCAAAAUUCAGCGGGAGAACCCGCCGCCAUAACCACAAUGUUAGGCAUAAAAUGCAACAGGAGUCCCACCACAGGCCGCUUACAGAGGUACAGAAGGCCGACCAGAACUUGCAGUACAUGUUAAGUUUGUAUAAAAGCGCCGCGGACCCUGAUGGGAGGCCCAAACAUCAUCGAAAGUUCGGCUCGAACACAGUGCGUCUGCUGCGACCUAGCACGACUAAAAUGCGAUCUCUGACAGCAUCUACAGUAGACCUUCUGUGGGUUCGGACCAGAUGGGAUAGCCUUUGUUGCCCUCGUGCAUCACCCUGUGCAUCACCACUGUGCAUCACCACUGUCAAUCUGCGCUACACCUACACAGUGGAGUAUGAUCUUCAUCCCCUCACUCUGGACCAACUUGUAAGAGCCUCCUUUGUGCACCUUCGUUCCUCCAGCACGCCCCACCGCUCACCUCUCCGCUGCAGAGUUAGAGUCACCUCCCCGGGUAAUGACAGCUGGACCAACCUCCCUGUAGGUCUGGAGGACCAGCGGCGUCUGGUAACCCUUGAGUCCCACCAGCAGUGGAUAGAAACAGACAUCACAGAGCACCUUGCUAGCCAGAUGGUGACCCAGGAAGGGCCAAAGCAGGGGAAUCGCUUGAGCCUCUCAGCCCAGUACUGGUGCUUAGAUCCUUGGUAUCGUCAGAGCGAAGGCUGGGAUGGCGUGUUGAGGUUCCGGACCCGAGGGAGACACGUGAGCAGGAGGGCAGCAUCCGGUAACCACCUCAACGCUCCCGCCCUCCUCCUCUUUUUCGAUGAAGAGGAGGAGCCCAGAGAGUGGGGGGCGACGUCCCGGACAGCGGCGUCCAGUCUGGGGUUGGGAGGUUUGGGCCUUCCGGACCUCCACCGCACCCGGGCCCGAUUCCGUCGCUCCGAGGCACUGCCGUUCAUCCCCAGCGGCCGAAAGCCACCGGGCAGCAUCGUCUCCGAUAUCCCAGACUACAGCGGGGCCCCGAACUCCUCGCCCAAGAACCAAUGCAAGCUUUACUCGUACCGGGUCACUUUUGCUGCGCUGGGCAUGGCUCAUUAUGUGGCACCACCACAGUACAACCCACACUACUGCAAAGGAGACUGCCCAAGGGUCCUCCACUACGGCCUGAACCCAUCCAACCACGCCAUCAUGCAGACCAUGAUAAAGGGCAAGGGGGUGGCUGAGGUGCCGUCGCCUUCAUGCGUGCCGUACAGGUACAAGCCCAUGAGCGUCCUUGUCCUGUUGGAGGACAACAAGACUGUAGAUUACAAGGAGAUUGAAGAUAUGAUCGCAGAGUCUUGCACUUGUCGGUAAUUGAAGAUGCGAGAACAACUCCCAUGACCUUGUGUACAAGGACAUGAUUGGCUGGUUUAGAGCUUGCUGCUAAGAUGCUGUGGCUUCCUCCUUAAAUUGGAUGCAAAACGGCAGUCUUCCAGAAUGACGAAAUCCCUUGUUGCUUUCUUCCAACCACUUGGGACUUGAGGCAUGUCUUUCAUGACUUAAGCGCUCAUCUUUAGCACUUUACUAUGGAACUUUAAAGAGUGUCGGGCAGCAGGAAUAAAUCUGACAAAUCAAACGUGACUAUUAAUGUGGUGUUUUUGAUAAAUUUCGUAAGGUGACUGUGUGGUUUUUCUGUCAGUCUUUCUUUGUGUUGUUUUUGUCUUUUUCUUUCUUAAUAUUUUGUUCAUAUUAAGAGUUGGUUUGGCCUGGCCCGGUACACAGGCUGGGUAAAAGGAACUCUGUCAUGGACAAGCUACACCCAUGGGACAAGGCCACAUUAAAUUAUCUCGAUACCCAAAACUUGACCGCUGGAAACAGCAAGGUGUAAUCAAAGCUAAAACCUCAUUGUCACGAGACUAGGCUUUGUAAGAUAUGUACCUAUUGCUUUGGAACCACACCUUUGGUCUACCCCUUUUUCAGUUUGGUUGCCUUUUCCAGAUCAGAGAACUAAAGACAAGGGUAAUGAAGCUUUUUAAAAUAUACGUGGUGUAUCCCAAAUGGGUGUGAUUUUGCACACCGUCUUGGAGUUUGCAGGACUUGCAGUCUUUGGCGGGAAGAGAAUUUGGCCUUACUAGGCAACCAAUCAAAGAAUGGGGAUAAAAAUAUAAGAUGGAAAUGAUGGGAAAAGUGCAAUUUGUGAGUUUUUUGCUGGAUGCUAUGAAUUUAUACCUACAAUAGUAAUGAAAUGUGAAUUUUUAUA